CUUUAGUAAAUAAAAACAAAAUGAAUCCUAUUAAAAAUAUACAACAUAAAAUAAUAGUUGUAAUUAAAACACUUGUUUAAUCGCUGUCAUUUCCUUUAGAUGUAAAAGUUAGUAAUACGCUACUUAAUAAGGCAAGGAUUGUAGCUCCAGAAACCAUGACUCCAACAGAAAAACUUCCAUUUAAUGGAUAAAUAGAUUCACAACUAUAUUCCAUUAAGACUGGAACCAUAGGAAUAAGAAAGAAUCCUAAGAGAAAUUGUUAGAUACAUAAUAGAAAUAGUAAUUUUGUCAUUAAUAUUGGAAAUGUUAAUACAGUUAAAGCAAGUGAUAUUAAAAAUAGUACUAUUCCUAUAGCUUUAUAUUUCUUAAAUUUCAAUACUAUUUUAGAUACAAAGGCAGCCGAUAAAAAUCCUCCUAUGAUUAACAUCGAAGAGGCUAUUGAGUAAUCCGUAUCUACAAAUCCAUAAGGUGACAUCAAAUAUGGUACAUUUAAACCAAAUCCUUUUAUUGUUCCAAAAUAAAGACUAAAUGUAAAAAAAAUCAAUAUAAAGUUUUUGUUUGUUAAAAGCUUAAUUAUUGAAUUAUAGAAUCCUAC